CACAGACUGGAUCUGAUCUGAGCUAUACCAGUCCAGUUCUCCUCCUGUUGCUGCGAUGGGCUUCAGGGCCGUGCUGCUGUCCGUGCUCCUGCUGUCCCUCCACUGGACCAGAGCAGCCGUCAUCACAGGGGCAUGUGAGCGGGACCUUCAGUGCGGGCUGGGUCUGUGCUGUGCUGUGAGUUUGUGGCUGAGGGGGCUCAGGAUGUGUGUCCCGAGAGGAGUGGAGGGCGAUGAGUGCCACCCUUUCAGUCACAAGGUGCCCUAUCAUGGGAAACGACUGCACCACACCUGCCCCUGCCUCCCUCACCUGGUCUGCACAAGAUACGCCGACAACAAAUACAAAUGCACAGAGGACUUCAAAAACAUAGACUUUUAAGAAAAGCUCAUUGGA